GUUGGUGAUGCGCUGUCACAAUAUCUGUCUUUUUAAUUUCAUAUACCUGACGUAAGCUUAUUCAUCUUCUUCUCUUUUCCUUUCCGUUGUUCCACGCUCUUUGUUUCAUGUUUAGGCCUUUUUUACAUUCUUUAUAUUUUACCUUAAUUAUACUUUUUGAAUUUUCCUUCCGUUUUGGGAGAUGUCUCUAACUUGAGUUAAUCGUCAAAAGCUAGGAUCAAUUUUGUUGUCUUACUUAAAUUUUAUUCUUUAAUUUGCACAAAUCUUAAACAACACCAACAUCCCGUAAAUCAUACCGUCCCACCAAUAUCCAAAGUAACCAGCUCCGCGCAAGCGCGGGGUCUCAACACCUAGUGAAUAAAAGAAGGCACGAAACAGAGUGAAACGUCUUCCCGCCCAAAAUCAUCCUUGUUUCUUUAUUUCAUCUUCUCUCGUCUCGCCGCCUCUGAGCGAUCGUCCGGUACUGGUACUACUCUUCCACGAGUUUCGGAGGUUAUGGAGCAUAAACUAGCGAGUGCUGAGAAGAAGGUGCUAGUGGAUCUGGUGAAGCUAGUGCAGAGACGACGGUUAGAAGGCGAAAACGGAGGAUGGAAGGAGUUUCUAAGCUCUAGCGGAUUCGGCUUGAGUGUGGGCGAUCCUUCGCAACGCUCCGACGAUGUGUUGGUCGCUUUUCUUUCCACUUUCAAAAAGAAGGAAGAUUUGCAGCAAGAAUCCCCUGAUAAAGAGACUCCUGAGCAGAGGCUUGUUAGAGUGACUAUUACGCAUCCUAGGUACCCUAUCCACUAUGAAUUCCCUUCCCUCGCCGAGGAUUGGUUUGUAACUAAGUGUGGCAAGAAGCAGUCAAAAGUGAUCAAGUCAACCAGAAUGCUUGCUAUUCGUUGUGAGAUGGUUACCUGUGAAAAUGGCAGUGAAGCUGUUGUCAGGGUUGCCGCUGUGGACCGUGAUCUAAAGGUGGUUCUUGACAAUUUUGUGAAACCGAGCCUACCCGUUAUUGACUAUAAGACAGAUAUCACUGGAGUUACUGCUGAGGAUCUCGAGAAAGAGACUCUAUCUGUUGCUGAUAUUCAGAAAAAACUGCGGAGGUUUCUUUCUAAGGGAACUAUUUUAGUUGGUCACGGUUUGCACUAUUGUCUUCAAGUGUUGAAGGUAGAUCAUGCGAGAGUAAUCGAUACCUCUCUUGUCUUCAAUUAUACCGGUGCCUACAGUUCUCGAACACCUUCUUUGUUAAAUCUAUGCAAGUCUGUUUUGGAUGAGGAGCUGCGAAUGGAGGGUGCUGCUCACAAUUGCGUUCACGACGCUGCCGCUGCUAUGAAGCUUGUGCUUGCUGUUGUGGAGAAAGGAGUAGAGACCUCGUUCCCACCAACUGAAAAAAUGUUGGAGGUUGAGAAGACAAUGCAGGAGGCGAAGAAGGCAAGUCUCUAUCUUCAUAGGAUCCCUCGUAAUGUUCCUUCUCAAGAGUUAAAAGGACUUAUUACGGGAGAUUUCAAAGUCGAGGUUAAGCCACCAAAGAAUCUAGGACCUUAUUAUAGCGCAGAAGUUGUUUUUAGUAGUCAAGAGGAAGCAAAUCAAGCAUUUGAUAACGUUGAUGGAGAUAUAGUUGAGGAAAAAAGGGGCUUGCCACAGAAAAUGGUUCAGUUUCAAUCGAGUUCUGGAUCAAUAUCUAGACUAUACGUUCGCAAAAAUGUUCGAGAUGGUGGAGUCCCUGUCAAAAAGAGAAGGAAGACGGAGAAUGAUUCUGAGGAGACCAGAGAAGAGAAUGUACACCAUUGCAGCAGCCUAGAGAGCAUUUGUGAAAAGCAUUUAAAGGAAAUUGAAGAACUGAAGGAGAAGCUCAAAGCUAAGGAACGUGAGUUUGAGGCUAUGGUUGCAGAGUACCAAGCGAAUAACUAA